CCCAGGUCACAUGCUCCAAUGUUUGCUACUUGCCUGAGUUGAUCGCUAGAGCCGCGGUGAGGCUUUAAUCACGAAUUGCGGACGACACCGUGCGCGACGGAGAAGAAAUUCACGUCGAUCUAUUGGAUUGUUUAUCAUUAACAUAUAGAUAUCUGUGAAGUGCCUCCUCCUCGGACUACAAUAUGAUUUCCCCGUGGGACCGAUGGCAUUCCACCAGAUGCUGCCUGUGCUGUCAUGUCCGCACAGGCACUGUUAUCCUGGGGGUUUGGUAUAUGCUGAUCAAUGCGGUGGUGUUACUCAUCCUCGUCACGGCCCUGGGUGAUCCUGACCAGUACCAUCUGACCAGCGCUGAGCUGGCUAACGACUUAGAUGACAUGGAUGACGCCAACAUGUGUAUUGCUUCAGCAAUCUCGUUGUUGAUGAUACUAAUUUCUGGGAUGGCGACCUACGGUGCGUAUAAGCAACAUGCUGCUUGGAUCAUCCCAUUCUUCUGCUACCAAGUCUUUGACUGUGCACUGAACACCCUGGUGGCUGUUAGUAUUGUGGUCUACCCCAACACCAUACAAGAUUACCUCCAACAGCUGCCUGAGAACUUCCCCUACAAAGAGGACAUCAUGGCCAUGAGCAAUGUGUGCCUGGUCUUUAUCGUGCUCCUCUUCAUCGGAUGCAUCCUCACCUUCAAGGCAUACCUGAUAGCGUGUGUGUGGAACUGCUACCGGUAUGUGCGUGCAAGAAGCACCACAGAAGUCCUGAUAUACGUCACUACUAAUGACACCACGGUACUGUUACCCCCAUACGAUGACACCAUGGCUAUUCCAUCAUCCAAGAACGCUCCUCCCCCCUAUGGGGCACCCUACAUAGCAUGAAGAACCUGGGCCGCUGUUCUGCUGACGGACUGGACCCCCUUGUUACUACAGCAGCCAGACAUUCCAAACAGACCUGGGCAACAAAUAUGAUGUUUUCUUUCCAAUACAUUAUGCAUUUUAUAGUUGGUUUGAUAACUGUCACACUGGGUGUGUAGUGUUAGCAGUAUUUUAAUUUAAAAAAAAAUGUUUUGUAAUAAUUUGACCCAGACCCCAAUACUACUGAUUAUUUCCAAAACAUUUAACCUACACACAUUUACUUACCUGUUACUGUGAUACUGUUUAACAUUAUACUGUUUAUUUGGAGUUAUUUAUUUUCGCUGAUCUACAGUUGAAACAUUGAGCAGGAAAGAGUUAAAAUAUGAGCGCUAGUAGUGAGUGUAAUAGCAGAUAUAUUUUUCUUGCUUGUACUAAACUGUACUUCUACAUGUUCUCUACUGUCAGUCCUAGUCCAAAGGCCACCCACCAGAAACGUGUUUUCAUGGUCUAAGUACACACCCUCAGGGGUGUCCCCUCCUGUAUUCCCUUUUCACCCACGACUGCGUGGCCAAACACGACUCCAACACCAUCAUUAAGUUUGCUGACGACACAACAGUGGUGUGCUUGAUCACCGACAACGAUGAGACGGCCUAUAGGGAGGAGGUCAGAUGACUGGCAGUGUGGUGCCAGGACAAC